AUGACCCUGUGGUUGCUCAUUUUCGGCUCCACUGUUAGUAGUAUUGUUAUUUACACAAUGCGUUUGUUUUUAUGGAGAAAGACAGUUUUCUGUGAUUGCCUUUCUCCAGUUGGUCGACAUGCUGUCAUUACUGGUGCUAAUUCUGGUAUUGGUCGGGCAACUGCAAUAGAAUUAGCCAAAAGAAGUUGGAAACUUACAUUUGGUUGCAGGAACGUAAAUUCUGCUAACAAAGUGAAAGAAGAAAUUGAAGCUCUUACAGGUAAUCACAACAUCUGUGUCAACUAUUUGGAUUUGGAGAAUCCACAGUCCAUAGAGGAAUUUGUAAAGUCACUAUCUUUACCUGUUCAUGUUAUAAUUAAUAAUGCAGGUGUAUUCCCUAAGAUUCUACGUCCAUCAAUGUCUUUUCAAGGCAUUAAUGUUACUUUAGCUACUAACUAUAUAGGACACUUCUACUUAACUUCAAUGCUUCUACCACAUCUUCGGAAAUCAUAUCAAGAAACAUCUAUAUAUCCGCGAGUGAUUAACGUUAGCUCUUCGUUAUCAAGAAAGGGUAGCUUCACAAUAGAUUCCCUGUUUAAACCUCUUGAUAUGGAUUGUAGCAAAGCAUAUGCCGAUUCUAAACUGGCGUGUAAUUUGUUUUCACGUGAACUUCAUCGAAGAUAUGGAUCAGGUGAGAAUAAAAUACUUGAUGUUUAUUGUCUAUUCACUGGUGGAAUGGUGAAUACUAAUCUAACUCGAAAUACUCUAAUGUCAUAUACACCAGUCAUCCAGUGGGUGCUUAGUGGUUUAAUGAGACUAAUGUUAAAAUCACCUAUGGAAGGAUGUCAAACUUCUGUCCACUGUGCAGUUAGUAAUGCAGUUCCUGUGAAGCAUGCUAAUUUAUCUCAUUCCACCAUAACACCAGCAUCAGGUAGUGGUAUGCUGUAUAGCAAUUGUAUACCUAUCGAAUGGCCUGAUAAUUCACUUGAUCUUGAUUUCGCUUGUCAGUUAUGGAAUUACACGGAAAAUUUUGUGAAAAUUUCAUCAAAAAGUAAUAUGUAA